ACGAUGAAGGGAUCUGCGGAAACCACUACAGAAGAGAAAGAAAUCACAUUGGACUAUCUGUUUCAACUUACCAUGAAAAAGAAAUGGGAUGAAGUUGUCGAAGUCUACAGACAACAGUCAUGGGCUCAAAGCGCUAAGCUGACACACUCUGAGGAAACAGCUCUUCACGUAGCCGUCUCCAGUUACCAGACCGAAAGCAUCAGCCCGUACGAGAGCUUCAUCAAGGAAAUGAUCGACUGCAUACCUAAAGGGGACGUGUUCGACAUUUUGUCGAUCCAAAACGACAAAGGAAACACCCCUCUUCAUCUUGCAGCAGCAGUUGGAUGGGUAGCUAUCUGCGAAUGCAUAGCAGCCAAGGAUCGUAGGCUCGUCGGCAGUCGAAAUCUGAGAAACGAGACGCCAUUGUUCAUGGCAGCCCAUCAUGGGAAGCUCGAGGCUUUUCUCUGCCUGCAUGAGAUGUACACUAAGGAGCAAGAAGAAGUGGACGAUUCAUUGUGUAGGAGGAGUGAUGGGAAUACUAUUUUACACUCAGCUAUUGCAGGAGAAUACUUUAGAUUAGCUUACCAGAUAAUAAGCUAUUAUCCGAAGCUGAUGAAUUCGGUUAACGUGAAGGGAGAAUCCCCUCUCCAUGUUCUUGCCAAGAAGCCUAAUGUGUUCAAAAGCAGUAUCCAGCUGGGCCUCUAUGACUCUCUUAUUUAUCACUGUAUGUUCGUGGAUGAACUGAAGAGACAGAAAUACAAACCUGGAGCAGUCCACAACGGUUGUUCUCCCAGAAACAUCAACUACCCAGAGAACUACCUUACCUGUGCGAACAUCCUACACCUUGUCUGGAUUCCGAUUCACAAGACCAUCACAGCUCGUCUCAAAGACGAUACUACUGGCCGCCGGAAACAAGCUGGAAUAGACGUGGAAAACCAACAGAAAAGCGAAGCAGAAUUUGAGACAGCCCAACAUGUGGAGGAAGAGAGCAAGGAUAUCAAUUCUUUUCCAGCCAAUUAUGCCACAUGCAUUAUGCUUUUCAAGUUCGCAAUGAAGGUCAUCCUCACUGUUGUUGGAGUCGGCUUUGAUAGAGUGAAGAAGAUCAAAGAAAAGAAAGAACGACACGCCCAUGCAUUUCGGAUUAUGAAUCUAUUGAUCGAGUCAGAAUCAAGCUACAAGUACGACAGUGAUGGGCGACAACCUGUGCAAAAAUUGCAACCUCAGUAUUCAGGACGUAUCGCACUUCCCGACACCCCACCUUCAGAUGAUAAUCAUGAUUUAGAGUCUAGUACAGGAGCAAUUUCAUCAAAUGAAGGUCGAUUCAAGAAUGAGAAAGGAAAAGAUCAAAAUAAAUCAGUUGAAAAGGAGAGUCCAUUGUUACUAGCAGCGAAGAUGGGAAUUCCAGAAAUGGUGGAGAAAAUACUGAACACAUUUCCUGUAGCGAUUCAGGACAUUGAUUCCUGCGGGAAGAAUGUUUUGCUACUGACAGCUGAAAAUCGACACGCCAACGUUUUUGAUUAUUUACUGAAGAUAGAGCUUCCGGAGUACGUUUUUCAUCAAGUGGAUGAUGAAGGAAACAGUAUUCUCCAUCUUGCUGCAAAGCUGGGAGACCACCAGCCUUGGCAUAUUCCUGGUGCUGCUCUACAGAUGCAAUGGGAAAUUAAGUGGUACAAGUAUGUGAAGAGCUCUAUUCCACCACUAUGCUUUGCUCACAACAACAAGAAAGGCGAGACGCCUAGGAAGAUAUUCUCCAACACACACAAAAAACUUGUGAAAGAAGGCACCAAUUGGCUCAUCAAAACCUCAGAAUCUUGCUCAGUCGUUGCAGCACUCAUAGCCGGCGUUGCAUUUGCUACAUCAGCAACCGUCCCGGGUGGGCUAAAUCAAGACACCGGUUAUCCAAUUAUGGAAGGUCGCAGAGCUUUCGAUGUAUUCUCCAUAACUUCGCUCGUGGCUCUCUGCCUAUCCGUGACGGCCCUUGUUUUCUUUCUUGCAAUUAUCACUUCGCGUUGUCAAGAACACGAUUUCAAGACGAAUCUGCCUAGGAAGCUCUUGCUGGGGCUGACUUCUCUGUUUGCUUCCAUUGCUGCUAUGUUGGUGUCUUUCUGUGCAGGGCACACUUUUACUCUGAGGGAGAAGCUGAGACUAGCUGCGGUGCCCAUAUAUGCGAUUGCUUGCUUACCUGUGACAUUUUUUGCUGUUGCGCAGCUGCCAUUAUACUUUGAUCUUAUGUGGGCUGCCUGUAGAAAAGUGCCAUUACGCAGUUACAAGGUGUUCUAUCAGUAGCCAAUUUUUCCAUAUUUCUCAAAACAUGCAAUGCUAACUUAGUUGUUUUUCAGAUGAUUGUAAUCAAAGACAGACAUGGUAUGUCUA